AUGGUCGACACCCAGCCGACGCCACCCCAGGGGGCCCCCCCGGAAGGGGCCCCCGCAGCGCCUCCCCAUGAGGCGCCCCCCCCGGGAUUUCCCCCGGAGGCUUCCGCAGCUGCAGGAGCUGCAAGCCUUGCAGCACACCCCUCACCUUCCGAGAAUUCAGUCCUCGGGAGGUUUGGAAGCGCCGCUCCACAGGCUCCCUCCGUCGCCAAUCCGCAAGCGAAGCAGGGCCCUGCAACACUGCAGUCCAAUCCGCAGUUCUUCGUCGAUCAAAAGAGGGGGGAGCUUCACGAGCUGAGACUUCUGCUUCGGCAGCUGCCGAUGGAAAAAGAUUUGAAUCGGCAGCGCGAGGUUGUCAAGCGGGUCAUUGCGUACAUGACGGUGGGUAUGGAUGUUUCUCGACUCUUUUCGGAGAUGAUCAUGCUUUCCUCUACGCCAGACACGCUUUUGAAGAAGAUGAUUUACUUGUACCUCACGAAUUACGCUGACACCAAUCCUUCUCUCUCUAUAUUGGCAGUGAACGCCUUUCAGAAAGACUGCGGCGAUGUCGAUCCGCGGCUCAGAGGCCUCGCCAUCCGAAGUCUCUGUUCUCUUAGGGUUCCAGAGAUGAUUGAAUAUAUCGAGCCGGCGCUGCAGCGAGGCCUCUCAGAUCCUCACCCCUACGUGCGUCGCGUCUGCGUCAUGGGUUUAGUGAAGCUGUGGCGGCUGUUAGGUUCGAAGAAGGAAGAAGAAGAAGGCGUCGGAGAAGAGACGUCUUUGUAUUCGCACAGCGGCAUUGCAGCGGCGCUUCACAAGGCUCUCUACGACACCGAUCCGCAGGUUGCUGUAAAUGCAAUCCACGCACUGAACGAAGUCAAUGCCGAAAAGGGAGGUGUCCUUGUCACGAAGGAAUUGAUCACCAGCCUUCUUAACAGGCUGAAGGAGUUCAGCGAAUGGGGGCAGUGUGCCGUCCUCAAUCUGUUGGUUUCCUACGAGACGGAAAGCGAAGAAGAGACGUAUGAUAUUCUGAACAUUCUCGACGAUCGGCUCAAGAGUUCUUCUGCGGCCGUUGUGCUGGGCUGCACGCGCGGCUUCUUGUGCUUGGCGAGAGGCAGCGUCACACUUCUUCGCCAAGCUCUGAGCCGCUUGGCACCGCCUCUGCUGACUCUCGUCUCAACGAGCUGCGCAGAGCUGUCGUAUACCGUUCUCCAGCACAUCCUUCUCCUCCUAGAAACACUUGGAGAGGCAGGCUUCACGCAGGUGUUGGAGGGAGAGUAUCAACAGUUUUUUCAUCGUUAUAGCGACCCUUCCUACGUCAAGAGCGUCAAGCUGGAAAUUCUGACUGCAAUUACCACAGAAAGCAACGUGACGCAGGUUCUGCAAGAGCUGAAAGAGUCUGUCUCUGAUGCCGACGUCUCUGCGCUUUCGCUGCUCGAACACGACGUCCAGUUCAUCAUUUGCGCUGCGUUCGCGGUCUUUCGAGAUAUUCUGAGGAAACACCGGCAGGUGAUCGACAAAGUCGCUCCCGCAGUGGAACGCUUCGGGCUGAAAGUCUCGGGUGCAGAUCUCGCCUCCGUCCUUUGGAUUAUUGGCGAGUUUGGGGCGUCCAUUCCCCAAGCGCCAUACAUUUUGGAGACAGUCGUCGAGCGAUUUGUGGAGGAAGAACCCGCAGUCCAGCUGGAGCUCUUGACAGCGGCGACAAAACUGUUUUUCGUGCGUCCGGGUGAAGUGCAACCCUUCUUUGGGUCGCUUUUGAAGCAGGGCCUUGGGGAGCACUGCAAUUUCGACGUUCGAGAUCGCACACUCUUCAUCUACAGACUGAUUCGAGCAGAUAUCGACUCGGCGAAGACCGUAUUCUUAACGCCACUGCCCCCCAUCGACGUCGUUAAGACGACGGCGGCAGCGGAGGUCUCUGCUGCCUUACUCGCGGAGCUGAACACGCUCGCCGUUGUUUACCGGCAGCCUAGCAGCGCCUUCCUAAGGACGGAUCCCGUCAUACCUUUCUGUGGACACCCCGUGAGGCUGCCGCAGCCUACGCCCCUCACGUCUACGGCACAGAGUCUCCUGACUCCCCAUCCCCCCUUCUCGUCUGAGGCUGCCGGCAGCCUGCUGGAUGCAGCAGCUCUGGCAGAAAAGCAAGCGCUAACGGAGGCUGCAGACAGCGGCAAGGCGCUCUCACCCGAAGGUGCACUCAAACUCCGUGAAGCUGGGGGAACCUGUGUGGGGUGUCUUUGUCGAGGGAGGGGAGGGAGGGAGGAAGUGGCAGCCAAGGAGCCACAAGGCGUCUGCUUUUUGCCUCCCGAGGUGGUCACUGUGGCUAGUCGAACGUCUCCAGAGAGUGCCAAGGCUGCCUUAGAGAACAUGCCCCCAGUCAAACCUUCCGCCCUAUUGCGGCCUGCCACCCCACUGAGCACCUCCGAGUUUCAGCAGAUGUGGGAAGACGGGAUGCCUGUGCAGCGAAGUGUACUUCUGGCUUCUGCAUGGCUUCAGCAGCAGCAGCCAGGACCUGCGCCCAUCGAAGCUGCCGCGGCGGAGGCAAAUAUCGCUACAAUGGCGAGUGGCAUAUUGGACGGGAACGUCCUCAAGAUGUUCCUGUACGCCACGGAUGAGUCAAGGUGCGUAUCAGAGGGUGCCGGGCACUUCGUCCCGAAUAUUUCUUUCGGCCCGCCCGUCGUGAAGUGCCUGCGUUCCAAUCUGAAUCCUUCUGUUUUUCUGGAUGUGCAUCUGAUGGUCUCCGACCCGUACAAGUGGGUGACCCCCCUUGCGGAAGCUGGCGCCUCCCAGCUGACUUUUCACUUUGAAGCCGUAGGAGAGUCUGUAGAGGAAGCAGUGCAGCUCAGCAAGGCCAUUCGCGAGAAGGGGAUGAAGGCAGGCUUGUCGAUUAAGCCCAAAACUGAAGUUGAACGCGUCGAAAAAAUUCUGCGCCUCGGAGCCGUAGACCUGCUUCUCAUCAUGACUGUUGAACCCGGCUUUGGCGGCCAAAAAUUCAUGAAAGACCAAAUGCACAAAGUUGUCAGAGCAAGACAACUCUGCCCUACUCUCAACAUUCAGGUACGCAGGCAGCUUUUAGACGGCGAAACGAUCAUGGUGGACGGAGGCCUCGACACAGAGACGGUGAAGGAAGCAGCGGCAAGCGGUGCGAACGUCAUUGUUGCAGGUAAUCAAUGUACAGCCUAA